GGAGACUUUUCUUUUGAUUUAAAAAAGUUUCCAAAUCCUCGCGAAAUGGUUACAAAACUCAAAGAAAUGGGAUAUCGAGUGACUCUAUGGGUCUAUCCAUUUGUGAACACUGAUAGUGAAGUGUUUAGCAAAGAGAGCCAAUACUUUAUAAAAGCCCAAAACGGUUCAACCGCUGUAAACGGCUGGUGGAAUGGAAACGGAGCUCACGUUGACUUUACUAACAAGAAAGCCCAGGAAUGGUUUGUUUCGCGAUUAAAACACAUUCAAAACACAACGGGAAUUGAUUCAUUCAAAUUCGAUGCGGGAGAGUUAGGUUGGGUGAGCCGGGACUUCAAACUCAGCGAUCUCUCUAUUGAACAAACACCUGUCUCUUUGACUCAAUUAUAUGCACAAACUGUUUCCCAAUUAGGAAAUAUGAUCGAAACAAGAGUUGGUUAUAAGACACAAGAUUUGCCAAUAUUUGUGCGAAUGUUGGAUAAGAACUCUGAAUGGGGUUAUAAUGGAGGACUCCAGACGUUAAUCCCAACGGCGCUAAUUAUGUCUAUCGGUGGCUAUAGUUUUGUUUUGCCGGAUAUGAUCGGUGGGAAUGCUUACAAGAACUUCCCAUCUAAAGACUUAUAUAUCCGAUGGCUUCAAGUGAACACUUUGAUGCCAACCCUCCAAUUCUCGAUCACUCCCUGGGAUUACAAAGAGGCCUCACAGGAA